AUGUAUUUCUUGUCGUAAAAACAUUGCAAAAGCAACAUAAUUUUACAUUCUUAAUUUGGGUUUCAUCUAUUUAUAUAAUUUGUUAUAGAUACUUGGAAUUAUAAGAUUUAGAGUAUUUUGAAAAUGAUAAAUUGUGAUAUAAUUGCAUUAGAAUAUUAUCGAAUAGACUCAUAAGAUGGUACAUUCUUAAUUGUUCCUAAUUAUCAUUCUAUAAACAAUGAUGAAAAUUUGGGCUUUCUAUACAAAUAUUAAAGAUAUAUGUAUAAGGAGAUGCAAGAUUUUUUAAAAUUAUCCUUAACUUUUAAAUAAUAAAAAGGUUCUUUAAUAAAGAUUAAUGAAUAAUUAAAAAAUUAAUAAGAACUUUAUGGAAUUAAUUUUUCAGAGAUUCCUUUGAAGGAAAUUAUUUUCAUUCUUAUUGUUAAUGCAGACUUUAUUUUUUGGGUAUAUUUAAUUGAAUACAUAAAAUUUCAAUUUUUCAUUAUAAAUUAGAUAAUUAAGAUAAUAAAGUUAUAUAAUAAGAUUUAAAUCAGUUUAUUAGUGAUUAAUAUAUUGAUAUUGUUACUGAAAAAAAAUUUAAUUUUGUUUUAUUUAUUUAUCAAUUAUGGAUUAGAAAGGAAUGAUUCAUGCUCUUGGAAAUUUAAUAAUUAUAUUAUUUAUCUCAAAUAAGAGCAACAGAACAAGAAUGGUUAGGAAUAUAAAUAAUAUUAUUAAAGAGUAAAAACCUGA